AUGGGAUGCUUUUAAUCAAAACAGAAAAAAGUUGAAUCAGCACCAUCAUAAAGAUCUAUGUCCAAGCAAGGUUCUCUAAAAAUUGCUGCUAGAAGAAGUUCAAUAGAUCAUUAUAAAACACAUUCAGUGCAUGGAGAUCAUUAGCAUCAAAAUAAAUCUGAAAAAUUUUUAGCCCCUUCAAGAGAAAAUCUUGAAAUAUAGAAUGAUCAGAAUGGAAAUAAUAGCAACAAUAAUAAUAAUAAUAAGUUGAGCGGUUUUAACAAAUCAGAGCCAAUAAACAACUAAAAUCUUUGA